AUGGGGCUGAUACGAGACGACAAGGGCGUGCAGAAAAUUACGGGUUGCCUGGCGGCGCUGAGCCAUUUCAUUUUGAGGUUAGGAGAAAAGGCAUUGCCGCUGUAUCGGCUCCUGAAGAAAGCCGAACGUUUCUCUUGGACCCCCGAGGCCGAGGAAGCCCUCGACAACCUGAAAAAAACGCUGACCACCACCCCUAUCCUAGUUCCCCCUCAGCCCGUAGAGCCUCUGCUCCUAUACAUCGUAGCAACGACCCAGUUCGUCAGUGCGGCUGUGGUGGUCGAAAGGCCGGAGGAGGGACACGCGUUACCAGUCCAGCGGCCGGUCUACUUCAUCAGUGAGGUCCUCUCAGAAACCAAGGUACGGUACCCCCAGAUUCAGAAGUUGAUCUAA